GGGGGCGGGAAGGUUGUAGAGCGGCAUGUUGGACUCGUUUUGCAGGUCUUUAAGUGGUCGCGCCCCCUCCGAGAGCGCGGUCUGACGGCGAGGCGGUCCCAGGCACUCUCGCUUCCCCGGUGAUUGUAAACUGCUGACCAAUCGCCAUUGAACAUAGUUAAAACAGAAAAUAAGAAGAUGGCAGCAAACCCUUCAGGACAAGGUUUUCAAAACAAAAAUAGAGUUGCAAUUUUGGCAGAACUGGACAAAGAGAAAAGAAAAUUACUAAUGCAGAACCAAUCUUCAACAAAUCAUCCUGGAGCUAGCAUCGCGCUUUCGAGACCCUCUCUUAAUAAGGACUUCCGGGAUCAUGCUGAGCAGCAGCAUAUUGCAGCCCAGCAGAAGGCAGCUUUGCAGCAUGCACAUGCACAUUCAUCUGGAUACUUCAUAACUCAAGACUCUGCCUUUGGGAAUCUUAUUCUUCCUGUUUUACCUCGCCUUGAUCCAGAAUGAAGAAAAUAUUUGUAAUGAAAGUGACUUUAAUAUCAAAUGCCAAAGCUACUAUCAUUCAGUGCUACAUGAACUGUGACUUGCAGAACUUUGGUGAACUUUUAUAUUUUUUGCUUCUUUAAAAGAAUGGUAUGUGUAAGUGAAAGCAAAAAAGGAGGGUAACCAGGAUGAUGAGAGCUUUGGAAACUGUAUUGUCUGAGGAACUGAUUAUGUUACCCAGGACUGUAACUUUUUGUAACGCAGUUUGAUUUUUAACCCUGAAUCAGACUUUGAAUUGGAUGGUCACAAAAACUCACCCCCCCAGCUUCCAACUAGUUGGAUUGAGUAUAUCAUGUUCACAGUGGACUUUCAAGAACCAUUUAUAGUACUUAACUUGAAAGAAAUGAGGCUGCUUUUUAAAAAUGUGAGCUAAUAGGCUUAAAUAAGUUGCUUUUGUAUUUGCUGUUUAUGGAAUUGAUAUCAGUGUACCUUUUGACUUUAUAGUUAACAUAUCAUCCUGAAAUAUCCUUUUAACUCAUAGCUAGUUCCCCUAUUCUCAAUUUUAAAAGAAAACCCAAGAUAAGACUAAGUUACCAACCAGUCUUAAACAUUUUUUAUAAACCCAUGCCACUAUAAAUUAUGUGACUAAAUGCUGUUAAAAACAAUUAUAAGAAAUGUAGUGGUGUUAAAAUUUGUACAUGCUCUUAUUUAGUGUUACCACAUAAAUGGUGUGCCUGCUUGGUUGUAUUGUCCAUUUUUGUUCUAGUUAGAUAUGUAUGUAAGUUGAGCCCCUUUUUGAUUACUUUAAGGAGGAAGGAGUUCGAUUAAGCAAAUUUCUCAACAUGACACAUCUUUAACAGAACCUGGGGUUCUUAUUUAAAUAUGCAGUUCCCACUGCCUUACCCUAGUCCUACAGAAUUAGAAUCUCUAAUUCAAAAUAAAGUCUGAAAACCAUGGGUUUAGAGAAUUCAGUUUUCAUGAUAUAUAUUUAUAAACUCAGUCUCAUAGGUCUCUGCAACUUAGAGGUCAUUUAGCUAAAAUCCUACAUUUUUUUUUACUUUUACAUAAAUAGAGGGUUGAAAUUAUAUUUUACACUGUAUCACAGAUACAGUAUUUUAUAUAACUACUUACAACUGACCUCAUCUUGGCCUUGAGUCCCCAUCCUCUCUGGGGGCAGGAUGAAAUUUAAACUUAAAAUUCCAGUUGGGGUCAAUAGUUAGUCAAAGUUCAUCUCCCUUUUCAAAGAGUUUCUUCUCCCUCCUUCCCUAGAUAUUUGCACCAGCCACACAGCCUCAUCUUACCCAAACUGUAUGAAGCAGGAGUGACAAUUUGAGACUUAACUGUGCCCUUUAGAUUCUCCUGAGAAUCUGAACUGAUUUUCUUCAAUUGGGUGAGUUGGCAGUUGUCCCCACUGUAGUGGUCACCAUUACAGCAAAGGUGCCCUUAGGCCUGCUGCUGAGGAGCUCCCCAGGGGCCUCUGGCUCCUGUCCUGCCUCGGGUCCGUCCAGCUAUUCCUUGGGCCUCCUAAUAGUGGCGUUCAUUUUCUUGAAUUACUUUGACUAAGUUCCUGUUGUGUGUGAUCCAUGACCUACUGGCAUGGUUCUAAAUCUAUCUACUGAUGCUAGGGAGAUAAAACAUUUGGAUUGUGUAAUUUUUAUACUGUUGAAGCCUCUACCUAAUGUAUGACUUUUAUAACCUAGAUAAAGAGAUCUUUUUUCCAGUGGUAUCUUUUCUAGUCUCUUAGCCUUUUAAAUAGAUGUUGCCUAAAUCCUGCAGUCCUGGCUAGGAAGCACUUCCUCCCACCCCUCUGCGUUGAGUCCCCUACAAAUUCAGUUCAGUUCUGUAUGUAUUUAUUAAUAUCUACUCUGUCUAUAAAGCACUCUGUAAAGGCUUUGGGGGGAAAAGAUGAGUGAGACCUGCUCUUAAGGCGGUCACAGUGGAGGAGCCUCCUCUGGUACAGCAGGAAUGACGGACGAAGCCAGAAUGCACGGAGGGGCACAGGAGAGGCAUCCUGGAGCAGGCGGCAGUCCAGAUAGGCCUAGAAGUAUUGGUAGGAUGUUACCUGGCAAGAGAAGGAAGAGCUGCUCCAGGCAAAGGUCAAGAUUUCAUAAUCAAAGAGAAGUAGGAACCAAGACAGUUGUGAGGACCGCAGGAAAUAAUGGAAAGGGCAGGAGUGGACUCAGAAGCCCUGAGGUCAAGUUCCAGCAUCGCUUCUCUCAGAUUGCGGGUGAAUUUGGCGAGAUCACUUAGCCUCUCUUUCUUUACGUGUCGCUUGGUCUUGUCUGUAAAAUAGGAACCUUACACACUCUGCCUACUUCAUAAAUUGUCUAGACCAGGAUUUUUCAAAGUGCAGGUCUCAACCUGUUACUGAAUUGAGAAGCCAACUUAAUGGCUUAAUGGGGUGUGACUAGCAUUUUUUUUUCCUUAGAAAACAUUAGAGUGCAUGGCACAUAGUAAUAGAAGAUUCAUGAAACAAAACCUCCUGUUUCUGUGUGUUUGUGUGUUUGUUUUACUUGUUUACUGUAUGUUCCACCAGUAUGUAAGGUCUUUGAAGACAGGGAUUUUGUUUCCCUCCCUCCCUCUUUGUUUACUACUGUGUUCUGCUUAGAAUAGUAUUCGGCAUAUAGUAGGUGGUCAGUACCUACUCACUGAAGGAACAAACGAAUGAAUGACUGAAUAUGACCUGGAUCAUGAUGUAAAGGGUAUUUUUUUUACUGUGAGUCAUGGCAAAAAAGUUUUGAAAGCCACUGCUGAAUAAUACAGAUGAUAGUGCCUUGUAUGAUUCUGGAAUAAAAACUGAAAUGACUCAAUAAUUUCAAAGGCAGAUUUUUUUUCCUGAACAAUCUAUAAGCUGUCUCAAUAAGUUGUCUUAGUUCUUUGCUUCACUUUGGCAACAGAAACUCAGCCUUUCUAUGAGUUUAAGGCCCAUUGAGGCAAGGUUUUGGCAAAUAUGGUUACACUGAGAAUAGAAGAUCAACAGAGAGAACAUCAAUUCAUCAGUGCAGUUCCACUACCGGAAUCCCCUCAGCUAGACCAAGUCCCAUUUCAACAGCAUUAAGCUCAACCAAUAUUUGCUGAGUGCUUUUCUUAUUCACGUCUGUGUGCACAGUGACUAGUGCACAGUAGACACCCACAAUUUUUUUUAAUGAGCAAAUAAAGAAUGAACAUGGAUAGAGGAGAACUGUCCUCAAGAAUCGGACAACUUAGAGCGGGCGAGACAAGCACGCUGACAGCUAAUACUGGUGCAACUUAGUGAAGAGAGAAUGAGUGCAUGAGCCUGGAAGAACCAGUGGAGGCCACAUCGGAGAACAAGCCUUUGAACUUGGCUUUCAAGAUGAGAGGAUUUCAGCCAGGAAAGAUGGAGCAACAUUCAAAGCAGAGGAAAAGCCCGCACAAAGGCAGAGAGGAGGGCAGAUGUAGGGACCAUUGUGAAGCAACCAAAAGUCCAAUUUGGCUGGACUUGUAUGGCUAAAUUUGGAUAAAUUUGUAUAUGGUGAUAAUUAGAAAUGAGGCCAAAGGUAGGCUGAAUUGAUAUUCUAGAGUCUUCAAUUCUAGGGUGAGGCAAGUAUCUUUAGCUGAUAUACAGCUGGGAGCUAUUGAACAUUUCUGAGCGUAGGCAGGUACAGAGAUGAACUGAUUAGGCCCUCAUCAGCUCUUGGGAAAGGGGAACUUGCCAGGCACCAGAAGAAUACUGUUCUUAAUUUCUACUGAGAAUUCAGACAGGUGUGUUCUGUUUACGUCUUCACCUCAACUCCAGCCCCAUCUACCUCUGCUGUCUCUUCCGCUUAGUUCUUGGACCCUUUCCCCAAGCUUCUCUUUCCUCACCUUCCACCCUUAUCUACCUCUCUCUUCCCCCCAGCAUUCUUCUCUAGCUCUAUCUCCAAGAAUCUUUUAGAAAGGAAAAAGCAAGACACCCUCACACAGUAUUCAUUUAAUCUUCACAUCAUCUCUGUGGUAGCGGAUAUUCUCAGUAAUCUACUCAGCAUUAAUUCUUCCUUUCUCCUUCCUAACAAUACCAGAUUUCUGGUGGGCAUGCCCCUUCCCAAUAUAGCCGGUGUGCUUCAGGAGAAGCUGACUGUCCCAGCAACAGGAGUGGGCCUUACAUGCUCCGAAUUGGUCAGGGCAGUUCCCUUUUGCCACAGCCAGUCAGCAUGUGGUAUUUCACAGGCCACAGGAUUUGGUUCAAGGUUGGACGUGUUACCCAAAUUCAACCCAAAUGAGUGAGACUUCAGGAGAGGUUUACUGGGCUUAGGGAAAAGAUGUGUUCUCACCUUUCUGAGAAUGCUUCCAAAAGAAAGUCUUUCUCUGUAGAUGUGUACAAGGAAAUACAUAUAAAUACAUUUACCUGAGUGUUGUUGGCAGCCAUCACGUGACCAGGCGGUGGAACCAGUCUUAGGAUAAAGCCACCACCAUACAAGGUGCAACAGAGACACUGGGUCCCUGAUGACAUCAUUGCACUGCUGAGUCAAACAACCCCUGAAGUGCUACCCUUUCUCUGGAAUUUCCGGUUAUGGGAGGUAAUAAAUCCUCAGUAUUGUUUAAGCCAGAUUACGUAGGUUUUCUGUCACUUGCCACCUAAAUGCCCUAAUAUAAGAUGUACUGACUUGCUAACUAACCUCUUAGCCACACAGCUAGGUAGUGGGAAAGCAGAACUCUUAAAACUCUGGUUUCUCCUCAGGACCACACAGUGCUGCCUCCACCUUACGCCCUUCUUCAUCGUCUGAAUCAAAGUUGGUUGCCUGUGCAUUCCGUGUCUUGCAGUUCAGUCCCCUGCCCGGCAUCUGCUGACCUUAACCCUUCCAUGACAUGUCCCUUCCUGAUGACUGCCCUACUGUGACCUCUGGAAUUCCCUUUGCUUCAAUCACCAAAAUAUAUCGAUGCAUUCCACCUUUUCCUCAGUACCUGGCUUUCUCUUGAGGUCUACAGGUCUCUUGUGCCUCUCAGGAGAAGCGAGAUCAGGGGUUCACAUCUCGGCUGCAGGUUCAGCUCAUUUCUGGCUCCCUCACCGUUGCCACUCCAGAAUAUUGUUUUAACUUCAUUUCAGAAUUCACUUCUUAAAAACGCACGUCCCAUCCCCCCUUAAAAACUUCAGUGUCAUCAUUGCCAAGUACUGUGAGCGCUCCCUCACGUUCCUUCAGGACCUUGGCUCCCACUCCACAGGCUCCCUCGGCGCCACCCCUGCUGCCGUCCUGGGGACACUGACAGCCAUCUUAGUGUGAAAUAACACCCUAGUCUCCCAGGUCCUCAUCCUCUGCUCCAAAGACCGCCUUCUCCAUUCUCCAGUCACCAUACACUGGCCAUCCCUGAACCUGGAAUCGGCUGUCUCUGCCUUCUUGCUCCCCAAGUUCUGCAGCCACAUACUCGGAGAUUUCACUCUGUCACUUACCUCUUUUCAUUCCUCUCGCUCUUCACAGAAUCAUGCUUUUUGCCUAUAAAUGUGAAUCUACUUAAAGACCUUCCAAUGAUCUUCUGUCUUUUUCAAGCUGGACUAACUGUCCCUUCACCACCAGACUGUAUUUGUUUCUUUAGCCCCUCCCACUACCACAUCUAAUCACCCUACCUGCAUUUGUGACCAUUUACUCUGCCUUUCUUGCUGUAAUGAACCAAUGGUUCAUGUUCCUUCUGAAGGCUGAUUUCUACAUUUGUCUUCCCUUCAUCUACACCCCAUUCCAUUAUUGUCCCAUUUCUCUGCUUCCCUGUACAACAGACUUCCCAAAAGAGUCAUCUAUACUAGCUGUCUUUAAUUUCUCUCCUCCCAUUGUCACUGGAACUGACCCUAAUCAAGCUUAUGUCUCCACAAAUUCUCUGAAAUUAUUCUUGUAAAACCACCAGUCAUCUCCACUUGGCCAAAUCCAAUUCUCGAUCUUCAUCCCAUCUUUUUUUUUUUUUUUUUUUGAGGAAGAUUAGCCCUGGACUAACAUCCAAACCCAUCUUCCUCUACUUUAAUGGGACGCCGCCACAGGAUGGCUUUGAUAAGUGUAUGUAGGUCUGUGCCCUGGAUCCAAACCUGUGAACCCAGGGCUGCAGAAGCAGAGCGUGCAAACUUAACUGCUACACCACCAGGCCAGCCCCAUUCAUCCCUUGUCUUACUUGAACUCUCAGCAGCAUUUUCCACAACUUAUCACUCCUUCUUUCUUGCAAUACAAUCUGCAUUUGUCUUCAACAAUACCGCACUCUCCUGGUUUUCCUCCUACCUUAUUGGUUGUUUCUUUUCCGUCUCAUUUGCUGGCUUUUCCUACUUUGAAAUGCAAAAUGUUGGACUAAAGACCAGCCUUUCCAUUUCUUUUCUAUCUACAGUCAUUCCCUGGGUAAUCCUAUCUAGCACCAUGGCUUUAAGUACUGACUGUCUUCUUAUUACUUUCAAACUUAUAUCGCCAGCCCUGAUCUCUCCCUUUGUGGUGGUUAGUCUCCAAAGAUGGCUGCCAUCAAUUCCUCCUGUCCCUAUGCCACUGUUCUCGUCAAAAGGGGGAGUCUGUUUCCCCUCCCCUUGCAAAUAUGCUGGCCUUGUGACGUGUUUUGACAAAUAGGAUAUAGGAUAUGGCAGAAGAGACGUUAUGUCAAUUCGGACCUAUGUUUUAAGAGGCCUGACAGCUUCUGCUCUUGUCCUUUCUGGAGAAGCCAGCCACUCUGUAAGAAGUCUGACUCCCUGUGACUGCCAUGCUGUGAGGAAGGCCAAGCUAACCCCAUGCAGAGGCCGUAUGGUGGAGCACUGAGGUGCCAGAGAUGUGAGGGAAACCACUUUGGACCUUCCUGCUCAGCCCAGCCACCAGCUGAAUGCAGGCAAGUGAGUGACCCCAACUGAUGCCACAUAGAGCAGAACUGCCCAGCGGAGCCCAGUCAAUGCACGAAAUUGUGAGAAACAAUACAUUGUUGCUGUUUUAAACCUCUAAGUUUUGGGGUAGUUUAUUAUGCAGCAAAAGAUAACUAAAUACCCUUGAUCUCCAAACUCCCACAUCCAUUGUCAACAUGACAUCUCCACUUGGAAGUCUAGUAGGCUUCCAAACUCAACAGGUCCAAAAUCAGAUUCCUGAUAGCUCACCUUCCCAGCAUGCUCUUUCCCCCAUCUCAGUAAAUGGCCAUUUGCACAGCCAUUAACAUGGGAGUCAUUCUAGGCUCCUUUCUCACAUUCCUCUUUCAAUCUUGGCAGCACUAGCCUCAGAAUACGUCCGGAAUCCCGUGAAUUCUUACUACGUCCACUGCUAUCAUCUUGCUCCAAGGCACCAUCAUCAUUACUGAGACGACUAGAAUUAGCCUUCAAACUGGUCUUCCUCUUUCCAUGUUUGUCCCCUGCCCUCCAUCUCACCCCACAGUUGAGAAUAUUCAACACAGCAGCCAGAGUGAUACUUUAAAAAUGUAAAUAAGGCACCCCACAAAAAAUGCUCAGCAUCACUAAUCAUUAGGGAAAUGAGACCUAUGAGAGCACUAGGACCACUCAUUAGGAUGGCUAUUAUCCAAAAAACAGAAAAUAGGUGUUGGCGAGGAUGUGGAGAAAUUGGAACCCUCGUGCACUGUUGGUGGGUGUGUAAAAUGGUACAGCUGCUGUGGAAAACAGUAUGGCAGUUCCUCAAAAAAUUAGACAUAGAAUUAUCAUUUGAUCCAGUAAUUCCACUUCUGGGCAAAUACCCAAAAGAACUGAAUGCAAGGGCUCCAACAGAUAUUUGUGCACCUGUGUUCACAGCAGUAUUAUUCACAAUAACCAAACAGUGGAAACAACCCAAAUGUCCAUCAACAGACGAAAGGAUAAACAAAAUAUGGUAUAUACAUACAAUGGAAUGUUAGCCUUAAAAAGGAACGAAAUUCUGCUACGUGCUACAACAUAGAUGAACCCUGAAGCCAUUAUGCUAAGUGAAAUAAGCCAGACACAAAAGGACAAAUACUGUACGAUUCCACUUAUAUGAAGUACCUAGAGUAGUCAGAUUCAUAGAGACAGAAAGUAGAAUGGUGGUUACCAGGGACUGGGGGCAAGGGGAGAUGAGGAGUUAUUGUUCAAUGGGUACAGAGUUACAGUAUGGGAUGAUGAAAAAGUUCUGGAAAUGAAUAGUCGUGAUGGUUGCACAACACUGUGAAUGUACCUAAUGCCACUGAACCGUAACAUUUAAAAAUGAUUAAAAUGGUAAAUUUUAUGUUAUGUACAUUUUACCAUAAUAAAUUUUAAUAUAAAUAUG